UUAACUGUGAGCACAGUGGAGUUUGGACACUUCCCAUCACUGCUAGUUAUGGAUAAAUAAAGAGAGACUUCGACCUCACGCUGCCAAAACCCAGAUGGACGCAAACCUCACUUUAUAAGUGAUUCAAGGAGUAAACCUGACACAUUCCACUGUAGCCGUCUCUCCAUCGGCAGGUCCUCAAAGUUGCAACAUGGGCACUUUUGUGACUCUCUCAUCGGGCCAGAGGAUGCCCAUGAUUGGACUCGGCACGUGGAAGAGUUCUGCAGGACAGGUGAAACAGGCGGUGGUGGCAGCUUUAGAAUGUGGCUACAGGCACAUCGACUGUGCUGCAGUCUACGGCAAUGAGCAGGAGAUUGGAGAGGCUCUGGCUCUGUGUGUUGGUCCGGGGAAGACUCUGAGGCGUGAAGAGCUCUUUGUGACUUCCAAACUGUGGAACACCAAGCAUGAUCCAGAGGAUGUGGAAGACGCCUGCAGGACCAGUUUGGCCCACUUGGGUCUUUCUUAUCUGGACCUUUACCUCAUGCACUGGCCCAUGGCUUUUCAGAAAGGGAAAGAGCUGAUGCCCCGAAGAAACGAUGGAACCAUCUGCUACUCUAACACGCACUACAGAGAUACUUGGAAAGCCAUGGAGAACCUGGUGGAUAAAGGUCUUGUGAAGGCUAUAGGAUUGUCCAACUUCAAUGCUAGGCAAAUGGAGGAAAUCAUCCGUGUAGCAAAACACAAACCUGUGGUGAACCAGGUAGAAUGCCACCCUUAUCUGUCUCAAGCAGACCUUCUGUCACACUGUCAGUCUUUGGCAAUUUGUGUGACGGCCUACAGUCCUCUGGGGAGUGGAGACAGACCCUGGGCAUCUCCAGAUGAACCCAGUCUACUGGAGGAUCCUAAACUGGGGGUAAUCGCUCAAAGAUACCAGAAAUCACCUGCUCAGGUGAUCCUCAGGUGGCACAUUCAGAGGGGCGUGGCAUGCAUCCCCAAAAGUGUUACGCUCUCCAGAAUCCAGCAGAACCUGAACGUGUUUGAUUUCAACUUGUCGCAAGAGGACAUGAAGCUGAUCAAUUCUUUCAGCUGCAAGAGGCGUUUCAUCGUUCCGACAGCAGUGGUGAGAACUCAAUAAGGAUGGCAAGACAGUGUGGAGAGAUGCAGAACAUCCACAUUUCCCUUUCCACGACGCCUACUGAGUCUACACUCAAGACCAACUAACUUGUUGGGAAUAAAUGCCAACAAGGACACACUUUAGGAGUGACACUGUUGACUGACAGAACUGCUUUCCAGUCAAUACAUUUUCAUUUUUUCCUUUAGCAGCAUUAAAACACUGAAGCUUAAACGAGACCUUCUGUAGUUAAGUGGAAAAAAUAAAAACUCUUGCCAACACCCAUCUUUUGCAUCAUUAGCUAGGAUUGUGUACAGUUUGCAUGCAAAGAUGUGGGUUUAAAUAAAAAUAAUUAGGGGGUUAGAUGCCAUAAGGAAUCUUUGCCCUUAAAGAGGAAACACAAAAAACAAAAUAUUUCAAUUUCUUCAGAUUUUAUUUUCAACAACAUAACCUUGACAAAUCUGUAAUACAUUAUAUGCUACUGUUUAUUUUAAAAAAGAAAGGAGAAAUAUCAGCAAUGUGUUUUUUUUGUCUUUCCAAGUCUCGCACAUAUUCCAAUCAGCAUAGCCAUUUGUGUUGAGAAAUACAGAGAAUGAGGCCACUCAAAAAAAAAAAAAAGAAAAAAAAAAGAAACCCAGUCACCCAGCCACCCCACUGAGAAGAAACUCUGCGUCUGACUCACCUUAUAUUUCCAAAAUCCCCAACUCAGAAUGAAGUCAGGGUAAGCCAAUAAGCUACAUGCUUUCUCAAUAUGGGGGGGGGG